CUUUUAUCCCAUAUGGAUAUGGGAAGAGAAGAAUUUGUGGGUUGUGAUGAUGCUAAUACACAAACAAAUGUUGAUAGUAAUCAACAUAUGGAAGAAGAUCAACAAACAAAGACAAAUCAAUCUCAAAAUCAAGAUAAACAAACUCAUGAAGAUGCUGAAGAACCUAGAGUAAGAAAAAGGAAGUUAACUUCAGUGGCAUGGGAGCAUUUUACAAAGAUGAUGGUAAAUGGUGCGGAAAAGGCGGAGUGCAAAUAUUGCAACACUAGAUUAGGCGCGAAGAGCUCAAAUGGGACAAAACAUUUACUUUCUCAUAUGGAGAUAUGUAAGAAACGAAAAAAUAAAGAUAUACGCCAACAAGUGUUAUCAGUGAAUGAAAAAAAGACAUCAGGACAUUCGGAUAUUUCUUGUUAUAAUUAUGAUGGUGAUAAGUCAAGAAGAGAUCUCGCUGAGAUGGCAAUUGUGCAUGGGUAUCCACUUUCUAUGGUUGAGCACCAUGGGUUUAGAAAGUUUGUGAGGGGCCUCCAACCUUUUUUUAAGGUUCUAUCUCGAAAUACCCUAAAAAGUGAUGUAUUAAAGAUUUUUGAAUAUGAAAAAAAGAAGACAAUGAGGAUUUUGGAGAAGAAUCCAAGUAGAAUCGCAAUUACCACAGACAUGUGGACAUCAAGUAAUAAAAAAAAGGUUUUAUGGCAAUUACCACUCAUUUCAUCGACUAUAACUGGGAGAUGCAAAGUCGAAUUAUGAGGUUUAUUUAUGUUCCUUGCCCUCACACUGCUGAAGUUCUUGCUAAUGUUUUGUACGAGUCUUUAUGUGAUUGGAACAUAGAUAGAAAGGUGUCAACAAUAACGGUUGAUAACUGCUCAACAAAUGAUUUGUUGAUUCACCUGUUGCUAGACAAACUAUCAUUGAGUGAUCUUAUUUG